AUGUUUUCAAAAAAAAUUUUUGACUAUGUCGAACCUGUUAGUCGAGCCCUUCAAGCACAUAACAUUGAUAUUUUAACAGCAAUUGAUUUUUUAAAAAAAUCUGAAAAGAAUAUUUCCAACUUAAGAUGUGAUUCAAUAUUUCAAAACCUUUAUGAUACAGUGAAAACCACAGCACAAGAUUUAAAUUUUGAAAUAGAAUUAAACUUGCCAACUAAAAGGCAGAGGAGGGUUCCACGUCAAUCUGAUGAAACGAAUAGUGAUGAUCCAAUAAAUAAUCCUGUUGUUUCUUACAAAGUAAAUACAUACUUUAUUGUUAUUGAUAAAGUUUUAACCGAACUAAAAAAAAGGUUUCAAGAUAACACUAUAGAUAUUGCAAAAGAUUUGGCAUUAUUAUCCCCAAAGCUUAUUUAUGCUAUGAGAAAAGAACUAAGUAUUCCUACUGAUGCAUUUUCUUCCAUUUGUGAGAAUUACAAACAGUUCCUCAAUAAAGAUGACAUUUUACGAGAAUAUAUUCAGUUCAUUAAGUCUAAUGCUGAAAUAACUGUUUCUGAAAAAUUACCUGAUUUUCUCCAUACUAUAAACUCAUCAUUUGAAGAAGAAUCUAGUUGUGACGAAUCAAAUCAAGAUAAUGAAACUGACAACGAUUUGACUACUAAAACAAUUCAGUAUUCAGGAAGUCUUUUAAUAAUGUAUAAAUUCUUUUUACUUAAAGGCUUAAAAAGUGUUUUUCCAAAUUUGUAUCAAGUAAUACAAAUUGGUGUAACGUUGCCAAUAUCAAGCGCUUCUACGGAGAGAUCUUUUUCAAAACUAAAGAUAGUUAAAACCAGACUUCGGUCAACAAUGACCCAAAAUAGGCUUGAAGAUCUCUUAAUAAUAUCAUGUGAAUCAGAUAUUAGUGUACAGACAGAAAAUGUUGUUAAUAAUUUUGCUAAAAGGUCAUCUGUAUUAUCUAAAGCUUUAUCAUUAUAA